CAUUUUCUAUCUUGACAUUAUCUCUAAAAGAGUCACUUGUAAACAUUAGCAACAAUGUCACGGCAACUUAUUUCCAGCGAGAAAUUCCCUCCAAAGCCUCAUAACUGCCCUGCUGUCAAGGUCCCCGGUCUCGUCUUCUGUGCAGGUCAAACAGCCACGGGAGAAAUUAAACAAGCGACAAUAACCGCUUUACAAAACCUCAAGGAAGUUCUCGAGCUUUCAGGGUCGUCGCUUGAACAAGUUGUCAAGUACAAUGUCUAUCUCGCCGACAUAAAAGAUUUUGCCGCAAUGAAUGAGGCAUACAUUGAUUUCUUGCCACAGCCUAUGCCAUCACGCUCGUGCCUUCAGGCCGUCGCGCCAGGAAAUGGGACGGUCAUUGAGAUCGAAUGUAUUGCACAGGCUUGAGACCUGGCCUUUGUAAGGCUAAAAUAAAUAGAAUAAAUACCGAAG